CAGUCUGCCCAUGUCUGAGGUGCUCCGGGAAGACGCACAAUCGUGAGCAGCUUACGACACUCAGUGAGCAGUAGGUGCCUGUGCAAGCUCGCGCCGCACACGGCCUGGCGGAGGGAAGGAGCCCGGCGCCGCGCCCCGCGCCCCGCGCCCCGCCGCCCGCAAAGCAUGAGCGAGCCCGCUCUCCGCAGCCUCCCCGGGCGCGAAUGGCAGGCGGUCUCGGCGGAGUAAAAGGUGGCGCCGGUCAGCGGUCCUUUCCAAUGACGGACAUUAACCAGACUGUCGAAUCCUGGGGAGUCGCGAGCCCCGAGUUUGGAGGUUGUUUUUUUUUUUCCCCCCACAACGUCACAGUCCGAACUGCAGAGGGAAAGGACAGCGGCAGGAAGGCGAAGCCCGGCGCCGGCACGUAGUUGAGAAACUUGCGGGUCCUAGAAGUCGCCUCCCCGCCUCGCCAGCCGCCCUUGCAGCCCUGAGCCGAGCAGCAAAGUGAGACAUUGUGCGCCUGCCAGAUCCGCCGGCCGCGGACCGGGGCUGCCUCGGAAACACAGAGGGGUCUUCUCUCGCCCUGCAUAUAAUUAGCCUGCACACAAAGGGAGCAGCUGAAUGGAGGUUGUCACUCUCUGGAAAAGGCAUCUAACAUGGACCAAAUCACCAUCUCUUUGAUCUUUCCGUGGCUGUGAACUUUCUAUGCUGCCCAGCUUUCUGCAUGCUUAGAGAUUUCUGACCGAGCGCUUCCAAUGGACAUUCUCCAGCCUCUCUGGAAAGAUUCUCGCUAAUGGAUUUCCUGCUGCUCGGUCUCUGUCUAUACUGGCUGCUGAGGAGGCCCUCGGGGGUGGUCUUGUGUCUGCUGGGGGCCUGCUUUCAGAUGCUGCCCGCCGCCCCCAGCGGGUGCCCGCAGCUGUGCCGGUGCGAGGGGCGGCUGUUGUACUGCGAGGCGCUCAACCUCACCGAGGCGCCCCACAACCUGUCCGGCCUGCUGGGCUUGUCCCUGCGCUACAACAGCCUCUCGGAGCUGCGCGCCGGCCAGUUCACGGGGUUAAUGCAGCUCACGUGGCUCUAUCUGGAUCACAAUCACAUCUGCUCCGUGCAGGGGGACGCCUUUCAGAAACUGCGCCGAGUUAAGGAACUCACACUGAGUUCCAACCAGAUCACCCAACUGGCCAACACCACCUUCCGGCCCAUGCCCAACCUGCGCAGCGUGGACCUCUCGUACAACAAGCUGCAGGCGCUCGCGCCCGACCUCUUCCACGGGCUGCGGAAGCUCACGACGCUGCACAUGCGGGCCAACGCCAUCCAGUUCGUGCCCGUGCGCAUCUUCCAAGACUGCCGCAGCCUCAAGUUUCUUGACAUCGGAUACAAUCAGCUCAAGAGUCUGGCGCGCAACUCUUUCGCCGGCUUGUUCAAGCUCACCGAGCUGCACCUGGAGCACAACGACUUGGUCAAGGUGAACUUCGCCCACUUCCCGCGCCUCAUCUCCCUGCACUCGCUAUGCCUGAGGAGGAACAAGGUGGCCAUUGUGGUCAGCUCGCUGGACUGGGUUUGGAACCUGGAGAAAAUGGACCUGUCGGGCAACGAGAUCGAGUACAUGGAGCCCCAUGUGUUCGAGACCGUGCCGCACCUGCAGUCCCUGCAGCUGGAUUCCAACCGCCUCACCUACAUCGAGCCCCGGAUCCUCAACUCUUGGAAGUCGCUGACGAGCAUCACUCUGGCCGGGAACCUCUGGGACUGCGGGCGCAACGUGUGCGCCCUGGCCUCGUGGCUCACUAACUUCCAGGGGCGCUACGAUGGCAACUUGCAGUGCACUAGCCCAGAGUACGCACAGGGCGAGGACGUCCUGGACGCCGUGUACGCCUUCCACCUGUGUGAGGAUGGGGCCGAGCCUACUAGCGGCCACCUGCUCUCGGCCGUCACCAACCACAGUGACCUGGGACCCCCUGCCAGCCUGGCCCCCACGCUCCCUGACGACAGGGAGGGGCAGCUCGACGGCACGCCUGAGCCCUCCACUGCGGCUCUCCCUGGCGGUGAGCACGCGGAGAACGCUGUGCAGAUCCACAAGGUGGUCACAGGCACCAUGGCCCUCAUCUUCUCCUUCCUCAUCGUGGUCCUAGUGCUCUAUGUGUCCUGGAAGUGCUUCCCAGCCAGCCUCAGGCAGCUCAGGCAGUGCUUUGUCACGCAGCGCAGGAAGCAAAAGCAGAAACAGACCAUGCAUCAGAUGGCUGCCAUGUCUGCCCAGGAAUACUACGUUGAUUACAAACCGAACCACAUUGAGGGAGCCCUGGUGAUCAUCAACGAGUAUGGCUCUUGUACCUGCCACCAGCAGCCCGCCAGGGAAUGCGAGGUGUGAUUGUCCCAGUGGCUCUCAACCCAUGCACUACCAAAUACGCCUGGGCAGCCGGGGUGGGCCGGCGAGCGCCAGGCUGGGGGUCUCCUUGUCUGUGCUCUGAAAUGCUCCUUAACUGAAACUGUGAAGGGAUCGCUCCCAGAGACCUGACAUUUUAGCUUUAUUGUGUCUUAAAAACAAAAAUGAAAUAAAACGCAACAAAAACCCCACCCCACAACCUUCAGGACAGUCUCUUAAAUUUCAUAUGACAACUCCUUCCUCCCUUUGAAGAUCUGUCCAUAUUCAGGAAUCUGAGAGUGUAAAAAGGUACCAAUCAUUGAUUUUUUUUUUGUAAACUAAAAUGUUUAAAAUAAAAUAGCAUUUACAGUUUUUACAGACUGGUGUAACCUAAAUGGAUUGUUACCCGUGUUAAAAGAGAAGCAACAGUUAAAAUUUCCUUCCCUGUUGAGGGGAGGGGAGGGAGGGGUAAGGGUAUCCACUGGCCAGAGGGAGAAUCCGGAAAUUCAGGAGCAAAACAAUCUGACUCAGUUGGAAAUAUUAAGGAUAAAGGGUUGAGUUACCCCACACCAGUAAAGACUGAACAAGAAAGCAAGACCCUUUAUAUUAUUUUUUUGUGGGGAGUGAAGUACAAUCUAACCAUUUUAAAGCAAGUGAAGGGUGAAGUGAGGACUGAGCAUCAUUGCUCAGCCUUUAAGGUAGAGAUCAUUACAAAUGGCUUUCAAAAGACAGUGCCAGAUUGUCCUAUGGACAAGAAACCUUUUUGCACGUAAUAUAACCAUCUUUCAAAUCAAGUCAAAAUCUCACUCCCAAAUGCUGCUGGUUCAUAAUUCUAUGCCUUUGAUUCACCAGAUUAAGUAACAUUUGCACCCUUUUCCAUACUCUCCCAAGUGAAAGAGAGACCCUCAGCUUCUGCUCUCUACCAUCUGACUGAGGGGAAGAAGGUGGAAUCCAAAUGUUUGCUGAUGAAAGCUGUGCUUUCUGGAGCACAUUGCUAAGACUGCAGCAAGCGGAGGCUCUCAGCAUAGCACACUCCUAGUUACUAUGGGGGAUAUUGAGAAAAACCCUACCUCGGGGUGAAUGCCUACUGGGUAAUGACUUGUAGCAGGAGACUUUAGGGGCAGACAUGAUACAGAAGCAAUAGGGGAGGGUGGGGUGGAGGAAAAUCAUCAUUUAAUCCUGUGUUCCAAUAUUAGAGAGAUGGGAAUAAUUUGUUAACCCAGGACAGAAAAAUCUGCCUGUUCUCAGAUCACCCUUUUGUGUAAUGCUUGCUUUUCCUGUGUUGUUUUAGUUUUUGC